GUCGUCAAACUCCCGUCAUCUCCAUCCCACUAUAAAUAUCAUUAUAGUUCUUUCCUCCUCAUUUCCCUCUUCCUCUCGGGCGGCCUCCUUCAGAUCUUCUGAGAUUUUAGCAAGAUGGGGCUGUCAUUUACCAAGCUUUUCAGUCGGCUUUUUGCCAAGAAAGAGAUGCGAAUUCUGAUGGUGGGUCUCGAUGCGGCUGGUAAGACCACCAUUUUGUACAAGCUCAAACUGGGCGAGAUUGUGACAACCAUUCCUACAAUUGGAUUCAACGUGGAGACUGUUGAGUAUAAGAACAUUAGUUUCACUGUUUGGGAUGUUGGGGGUCAGGACAAGAUCCGUCCAUUGUGGAGACAUUAUUUCCAAAACACCCAAGGGCUUAUCUUUGUGGUUGAUAGCAAUGAUCGUGACCGUGUGGUUGAAGCCAGGGAUGAACUGCACCGGAUGCUGAAUGAGGAUGAGUUGAGGGAUGCUGUGCUGCUUGUUUUUGCAAACAAGCAAGAUCUUCCAAAUGCUAUGAAUGCUGCUGAGAUCACUGAUAAGCUUGGUCUUCACUCCCUUCGCCAACGCCACUGGUACAUCCAGAGCACAUGUGCCACAUCCGGUGAAGGACUCUACGAGGGGCUGGACUGGCUCUCCAACAACAUUGCUAACAAGGUAGGCUCAACAGUUCAUGUUUCUUCAAACUUGGAACCAAUUUUAUAUCCGAUAUCCUAGUUCUGAUUAUAUUCGCUUGUCAUGGCAGGCUUGAGU